AGGCAGGGAAAGAGACUGACACACUCACACACGCACACAUGCACACACACAUGCACACACAAACACACACACGCAGCGUGAGGUAGAGGUUGAAGCAGACACUAUUCGUGCGUUCAGGGAGGACCACAGUCGUGCAGCUUGCCGGGGAAGUGAAAGGAGUGUUGUUUUUCAGCGCACGCUUUUGUCCUUUGUGUUUUCCUGAGGGGGGGGGUCUGCUCAAUUUUUCCCCAAUUCCUUAUUGUUGACUGAAGAGAGAGCAGGAGCACCGGUGCCUCCCUGGAACGCAUCUCGCCGGUGGUGGACGCUGAUGCUGUGGUAGAGCGAGAGGAGCAGACAGGCACCCGGUGGAUGCAGUGACGUGCUCUCAGAGGAAACUCGCAAGCAAAGGUUUGCUGGCCAUGGGGAACCUCAUUAAGGUCCUUGGCAAGGAUUUAGAAAAUUGUCCACAUUUUUUUCUGGACUUCGAAAAUGCCCAGCCCACGGAGGCUGAGACAGUCGUGUGGAACCAGGUCAGUGCUGUGCUGGAGGAGGCCCAUGGGAUACUGGCCGAGCUGCAGUCCUACAAUGGAGCCGGGCAGGAGAUAAGAGAGGCUAUCCAGAAUCCCAAUGACCUCCAGCUACAGGAGAAAGCCUGGAAUGCUGUCUGCCCCCUGGUGGCCAAGCUGAAACGAUUCUAUGAAUUUUCACUCAGGUUAGAGAAUGCCUUGCGUAGCCUCCUGGAGGCGCUGACGAGCCCUCCGUAUGCUCCAAUGCAGCACCUGGAGAGAGAGCAGGCCCUGGCCAAGCAGUUUGCAGAGAUCCUGCACUUCACACUCAGCUUUGAUGAGCUCAAGAUGACAAAUCCAGCCAUUCAAAAUGACUUCAGUUACUACAGGAGGACCAUAAGCAGGAAUAGGCUGAACAAUCAGCAGUUAGAGGCAGAGAAUGAAGUCAAUAACGAAAUGGCCAAUCGGAUGUCUCUUUUCUAUGCGGAAGCCACACCCAUGUUGAAAACCCUGAGCAAUGCCACAACUAAGUUUGUGUCAGAGAACAAGACACUGCCCAUUGAAGACACUACAGACUGCUUGAGCACUAUGGCCUGCGUGUGCCGGGUCAUGCUGGAGACUCCGGAGUAUCGAUGCCGCUUCUCCAACACAGACACCAUGCUGUUCUGUAUGCGUGUGAUGGUGGGCGUCAUCAUCCUCUACGACCACGUUCAUCCUGUGGGUGCCUUCGCCAAAACCUCCAAGAUUGACAUGAAGGGCUGCAUCAAGGUGUUGAAAGAUCAGCCUUCAAAUAGUGUGGAGGGACUGCUGAAUGCAUUGAGGUAUACAACAAGACAUCUAAAUGAUGACAGCACCUCGAAACAAAUCCGUGCCCUACUUCAAUGAGAAAGGGAGACGUUGGGGGAGACGGGGGAAGCAAGCGAGAGUGAAUAAACAUGACUGACAGAGAACAAAAGAUGAUGGCUGACAGUCUUGGGUGAACCAACCUCAGAAAUCUGUUUGUUUACAAAAAUUUAAUGCGCAAAAUUAUCUCAAUUUCAAUAACCUAAAACAGAGAGAAAUAUGAAAAAGUAUAUUGUCAAUUGUUCAUCAUGUCUUUGAUUUUGUAAAAAAAAGAAAAAAAGAUUAUAGAGAGAUAUAUAUGUAGGUAUAUUGAAAUACAAACUGAAAGAGAACCAUGGCCUACCAGGUGAGAGCCCCUAAAAUCUAAGAAAUUAUUAAAAUCCUAUGAUCAGAAAAAAAGGCUCAUAUAACAAUACACUUGUGCAGAUUAAUUUUGCAUAUAUAAAAUAAUUCUAACUCUUCCUUUGACAUAAAAAAAAUCUGAAAAUGGCCUGCCACAGCAUGUAUAGAUCAACUCUCUUUUCAUGCAUUAGAAUCAAAUGGAGUUUUAAUACACUUGCCACAUCAUGUCAUGCUUCUUUCAUUGCAUUCUGGAGUUAUAGUGUUCGAGAUACAACUAGAUUUCAUCUCUUCUAGAGAGUGUCAGUUACAGAAUCAAUUUAUGACUCAGAUACCAUGUCAUGCUAUUCCUGCAUUUCUCGAUAUAAAUCCACCAGUACCUAUUAAAUGAAACUGAUUUAUGUUGCUGUAUAUACACAAAAAGCACAGGCUAGUUUUGUAACCAAGAUAAGCAUUUUGUUAAAACUUAUUCACUAGUGCUGUACAGCAAUACUCCACCAAGGUAACAGCUGCAAAAGCACUGAACUGUUUUAAAUAAGCUGUUUGAAAUAAGCUGUGCCAAUACAGGAUGAAGAGUGACCAGCUUCAUGAACACAGAAUAGGCUGUGGCAGGCUACACACAGAAGGGCCUGAUAUGAGCUUUUUCUGAUCCAAUGAAUUGUGGCAGGUGGGAUUCUUGGAACUUCUGAGUAAGCCACUCAUUUUGCUCAGCACCAUUAGCUAUUUUCUGUGCCACUGCUUCUCAUUCAGAGGCAUGUAGUAUGAUAGGAAUCCAGAAUGGAGUGAAGAGGUCAGGAGGUGAUGCCCCAAGCCCAUGAAACAAAGGGCCACUGUACACCAGCCUCUUAGAAAAAUACACAGCACUCAGCAAAACACAGCAAAGAGUGACCUCAGUUCUACUUCUACUUAUCACAAGUGAAUUGCCAAAUGCGACUGACAAUGCCUUCUGGAAGACAAAUGUUGGGCAGGUCCAUUCUCUUAAACUGUAAACCAUAUGAAUCACUUACUUACAUACACACACACACACACACACACACACACACACACACACACACACAG